AUGAGCAGCGAGAAGGGGCAGCAGGAGCCUGAUGAGUCCAGCAGCUCGCUGGGCGCCUUGGAGGCGCUGCUGAGUUCGCCGCCCACGCGGGCGCCAGCGGUGGCAGAGUCUGGGGAGCGGCAGGGGGACAAGCAGCAGGAGGAUAAGCCGCAGGGUGGUGAAGGGGAAGACAAGCAGAGCAAGGAGGGCUGGUAUUGGUGGGAUCGGCCUGCCGGACCCCAGACCAACCCGCUGCGGCGGGGCGGCAUGCCGGCCGGCCGCAGCGGUGCUUACCUGGACUCGGAGCAGUUCACUCGAGACCCGCUUGAGCUGUCUGUGGGACGGCGCGUGGCGGCCGCCUCUGGUGGCCCGCUGCCCCUGCCGGGCAAUGACUCGCUGCCGCUGGCCAGCUGGACACUAGCAGCGAUACUCGCGGUGGGCAGCGUGGGCGGCCUGCUGGGUCUCACCACGUCUCUGCAGAUGAACAGCGACGCCGUCGUCUCGGGGGGUUGGUGGCUGCUGUGGACGGCCAGCCUGCAGCCGCUGUCGUGGCUCAACCUGGCGGCGGGCACGGGCGCGCUGCUCAGCGCGGGUGCAUACGCUGAGCGGCGGCUGGGCAGCGCGCUGUACCUCACAGCCUUCCUGGCUGCUGGAGCGCUGCCCGCCACCUUCUAUUAUGCCGGCUCGAUGCUGUUUGUGCACAGCGAUGCGGGCACCUUGUAUGAGGGGCCCGCUGCGGCUCUGAUGGGCCCCGCCGCCGCCCUGGCUGCCUAUGUUGUCGGCAACUGGCGCGUGCUGGGCGCGGGGCAGCGAGCGCGGUGUGCGCUGGCCUGCCUGGGCUGCGCCGCGGUGGCGGCCACAGAGCUGGAGGCGGGCUUGGCCACACCGGACCUGCUGGCGGCCUCGGCCUUGGUGGGCAGCCUGCUGGCGCUGCUCGGCGGGCCGCGGCUGGAGGUGCUGCGGGAGCUGGACAUCCAGGAGGGGAGCAUGACCAUCAGCGGAACCGAGGGCGAGCUGGUGGUCGUGGUGGACAAGGUGACGGCGCCCCGCCGCUGGCUGGCGUGCGGCGGCGUCGUGCUGUUGCUGCUGGGCCUGGGUGCCACGGUAGACGCCGUGGUGCACAGACAGAUUGAGGUGCUGCUGCUGGAGCAGUUCCUGGAGGACAACAGAGACAGCCCAGAGGUGCAGCAGUGGCUGUACGAGGUGGCGCCAGAGAAGUUACGCAACGCUUGA